AACCCGGAAGUUCAAGUAUUACUUCCGGGUCGUGCAAAGGUUCUUUGACGAGUUUUUUUUUGUAACAUUUAAUAUUUAUUACACAUUUAAUAACGUAUAGUAAUGGUUUUCUUUUAUUAUUCAGAAUAUUUGUAACGAAACAAAAAGGAAAAUAUACUUUCGUCAAACCGAAGAAGAAGAAACGAUUUCCGGUUGUUGUUGUCAUGGCGCCGUUUCAAAACUGUUGUCAUGUCUGUACUGAUAUUUUGAACUUUUAACCACGAUGUACGCUUUCAUUAGCCACCCCGUUCGUAAAGUUGGUUUAUGAUGACUAUACAGACUGGGAGACGUAGUUGUAAAUAUGUUCGAACGGACGAUUUUGGGAUUAACUUGCUAGCUAGCUAGCUAGCUUGCUAACGCUCAUGAUUGUUUACAGUUUUUACACUACUAGUAGUGGAUGUUUUCGCUGCAAUGACUGCACAGUUUGUGCGGAAUGAUAAUAUUGUUUUAUUGGGACAACAAAAGCAAGACAGAGACUGGGUUGCCGUUGACUCAACUCGAAAUAUAAAUUUGGAUAGGAUGUCUCAAACUAAGUUAUUGUUCAACGAAGCCAUUCCUGUGAGUGCCAUCAACCGUGCCACCCAUGUUGGCCCUCCGGCCCCCAUCGUGAUAGAACGGCUGCUUCCACGUCGGUCGGCGAUGCAGGAGAGCGUGGACAGCAUCAGGACCUCUGUCAGCUUUGCAACAGUCUCUGAGGAAAGGCUUCAGGCUGCGGUAAAGCUGGCCAAAAGAGAUCUAAGACGAAGGCGCCUCGAGUCACUGAAGAAAAUCUCUGCUAAACCUUUACCAGAGCCCUCCUUCUUUGAAACAAGUGAUGUGGAGUUGCUUCAGGAGUUUGUAGCCGCUCCAAGCAAAGCAGAGGCAAAAAGCUCUAGUCCAAAGCCAAAAAUGGCUCACUCUGGUGCCAAACGGCACGCUUCCAACAAAAACGUCACUUCUUCAAUGCCUCGUUUUGAUCAGUCUCCUCCAACCAGAGACCCUGGCCUAAAGCAGGUGAAAGGAGCCAAAGAAGAACCUUUAAGCAAAGAGAUCCACAAACUGCAAAAUGAGCUGAAGAGAUACAUCCAGAAAGUGGAGGAGUUAGCUAAUCGAGGGCAACAAAUGGAGACGCCAGUGGAACCUGAGGAGCAAAGCAAACUUGAGAUACGCCGGCAGAAACAGGCAGCUCGCUCCGCACGAGUCAUCUAUGUUCUUCAACAACAGGUCAAAGGGAUUCAAGAAGACAUUGAAAAAUUACAAAGAGAGAAAACGUGGGACAUCAAAAAGUCGACUGCAAUAAACAGACUCGCAGCUGCCCACCGUGGAGCAUUCAGGGCCUUACAGCUUAUCAUCCACCAGCUUUCAGAUCUAUCUUAUAACAAGAUGCCUCCUCACUGUAAAGAACUGGGCCUCCUGAUUCGACAGCUCUCUCUGUGCUCAGCUAAAGUUGAAUUGGACCGAGGUUCCACUGUGCCCGAGAUGGCUCUUGAUAUCCUGCAGAAACUCGAGAUUUUGGAUUCUGCUCUCAGUAAACAAGAGACGCUUGAAAAGAUGCAGGCCCUGACUCGUCCUCCACGCAGGAAGUCUCCUCAUCGCGGCGGGUCUCCUACCAGGGUGUCCAAGAGCAUCACAGUGUUGACUGCUGCAGAACCUCGCAGACCCAUGCAUCCCAGAAGAGGCAUUCACGGAAGAAGACCGAUCUUACAAAAACCCAAAACUGCACCUCAGUGGCCUUUGAUCAAGAGAGCGGUGCUGAGGGUCGGCCUGCAGAGGGAGCUGAGAGAGCAGCAGGAAAAACGUCAAAUAAACACUCACAGCAGGAAAGAAGUCCACGCUGAGAGCAGAAAAGUUGACCCAGUUAAGCGUGAUCAGAUGCAGGAUGCAGGUUUCCAGCAGCCAACAGUUUCCUCUCGGCUGCGAGUGAACCAGCUCCCUCAGAAAGAGCCGACUGUGCCCUGGAUACCGACAUCCCCUCACUCUCCUCCUCAACAACGUAAAUCUACUCAGACGGGGAAACCAGAGCCUCGUUGUCUCUUCUCACCAGUGAAACCCUCAUCAAGUCCGCCAGCAGAGAAGCAGGCAGGAGCUGGAUUAGAAGCUGAAUUUCUGCUGAGCUCAUCGAAGAAAAAAGACGCCCAGAAUAAAGGAUUAAGAAAAGUUUGUCAAGAGGGGACGAGUGUGCAGAGACGGAAACAGCUCUACCGUCUCAUCAGAGAAGAGGCUGAAGCCGCUCAGAGAUUAAGGUCUGAAGUUGUCUGGCAGAAUCAGCGGGCUGACGGAGCUGAGCAGAAGGCUGAAGACAUGAUUCAAACACUUCCUCCUGAAAAGCAGCAGGAUGGGGAGGACAUGAUUAGGGGCGCUGCGUUGCGGAGGACUCAGUUUUCGGAGCAAGAGAAGCGGCGCGAGGCAGAGCUGGAAGAUGACGCUCGGGUUGCGUGGGCUGCUGAGGCUGAGCGGCGGUUGGAGGGGACGGUCCAGAGCGCGCUGCGGGCCCCCGCCCUGGAGAACAUGCUCCUUCGGAUGGAGCAGAUCCAGAGGGAUGAGGAAGAAGUGAGGAGACGAUUCGCCUCCAUCACUUAUUCAGACCCUCUUUACUGGGAGCGGCCUGGAGCAGCAGGAUCUCAGAGCCACGCUCCAGGCUCCAGGUCAGCCUCUCCUCAGCCAAUUAGACUCACAAAACCGGUGCUGAAACAGACUCCUGCAGUCGAUAUCGUCCUGAAGAAACCCAUAGACACAGGUCACAGUUUCCUGUUUGAGAACAGCCCAGCGGAGGAGGCAUCCCAGGAUGAGCAGCCGCCAACGAACAAAAGCACGCCCCCAGGCGCGGCGGAUAGGAGCAGGACUGUUCUCUCAGUGCCAGGCGGCACGCUGAGGAACAUACGCCGGUACCUAGAUGACUACGAUGCCUACCUGAGAGCCGUGGAUCACGAGGUCGUCGGCAGCUUCAACCCCUGGGCUGUCACAGACAGCCUGGCAGAUGAGCUGCUGUCGGAGGCGCUGGCUGACGUGGUGAAAGAGUUUCAGGAAGUGGCGGAGGAAUACGCCGAGGCCGUCUUCACCUCGGAGUUUCUUCAGCCGAUCCAAUCCCCUCCAGCUCCAGCUGCAGCUCUGCUCGGCCAGUAAAAGGCUGCAAUGGGACAAAGUAAAUGGACUGGUUUGAUUAUCUUGAAUGAAAUAAUCUUUUUUUUUAAACAGAAUGAUGUUUUGACCUCAAGACUAAAUGAUUAUUUAUUAUUUUGUACAUUUCGUAGCUGGGGUUUUCACUUUGUGGUUUUAUUUAUUUUUAUGUAAACAUGGUUUUAUUCUAAAUAUAAAUGAAGCAUUAUGAGACAUUUUAAAGCAGCUCCAGCAGAUGAGAUUGUUGCGUUGCACUGGGAGCAUUAGUCUCAUCACUCUUUAUGGCCCAUUUGAUCCAAGCUUGAAUUCCUCGGGGAAAGUUAGUUUAAAGGUAGAUAAGCUUGGAGAGACCAUUACAACGUUACAGAGGAUUAUAAGAUUACUGCCCUACCAUUGCACUUGGUUUAACGCUCCCUGAGGAUUACUUACACUUUCUAUUUUUAUAUUGGAACAUGGAAAUAAAUUUUAACAUAUGGUGUCUAUCAUGAAAUGUUUGGAAGCCAUGUCUACUUUAAUUUCCUUGUUUUAAUUUGUUUUCUAAAUAAAGGUUUUCAAACCUGGAGAAUGACAUUUUCAACCUGAUAAACGUGUUUGU